AUGGAAUCGACUCCCAGCAGCCAGGAGAGGAACGAGUUCUUCCAAAAGCUGAAACCAUGGUGUGUCAAAUUAAGCCAGUUGGCCAUCCGGGAGUCCGAUGAUCCCGCAACUACCCCGGAGCUCAACGAGUUGACGGGUCACAUUUUGACCAUCCUCAACGACCAGAUUCAACACCAUCCCGCGGCCUUGGAUGACAAACUCGCUGAAUAUGUCUUCUUCCCACUCUAUCACAUCUUCCGCCGAAUGGACCGGUACCCGAUGUCAUUGAUCGAAAACUGUCUCAAGUGCCUUACCAUUCUCAUCAUCCACGGGUGGAAGUCGAAAAUCUCAGCCAAACUUGUGCAACAGAUCUUGAAUCUCCUGACCUUCAUCAUCGAUGGGACGCCGGGGUCUGCCGAGAAGCCCCCCGUGGACGAAGAAACUGCGCUCGAAGCCUUUCGCGGUCUGACAGCUCUGCUCACUACUGCCAGCUUGUCCGCCACAGCCGCCGCAGGACUUUCAGAAUCGGAUGCCAUACCCGCCUUGGGCCACAGUGUUAGUGUAAUGUUGGAUGGAGUCGUCGAUGGUCUCACACCUCAAAUACAACAAGAGGCUCUGCGCGCUCUGCAGGCAGUGUACCUCACCGUCAAGGAGCAUGAGGCGUUGGCUAGUUUCCUCCCCGGCACGAUAUCGUCUCUCGCCAAGGUAUCAUCCACGCCUGCCAGAUACAAGAAAAAUGUUCUUGCAAAAUGUAUCGACACUGUGAGACUGGUGUUGACCCGUGUGCUCUCCGACCUAAGAAACAGAUCCAUACUUGCCAAAGCCGAGUCGGAAACAGACGCAGCACAGAAAGGAAAAUCUCUAUCUCCCGCCUGGCUCAAGGCCACAUCCACGCAAGUUAAACGGGCUCUUUCAACAAUCAUGAAAUUGCGGACACAGGAUUCAACCCAAGUCAGGAGCGCAUUGAGUAAAUUGUGCGUUACUCUGUUAGACGAGUGUCACAAGACAUUGGAAAACAGCUCAACAUUCUUGGUCGAGACGGCGAUGAUUCUGGAUGAGGGUGGGGCCAAGAUUUCUUGGACCGAAACGAGCUUGCAGCACCUCGUGAGCAUCUACCCAGAGCUUGGCGAGACUGUCAAAACAACGACGUACAACUGGAUGUCGAGUCUCCCCCGAAUAAUGCAAGCAGGCGAUGAAGAUGUAAAGCAACAAGCCAUACACAACCUUCUGAAGGGGCUUGAGCUUGUCAAGGGUCUACAAAUUGAAUCUUCUACCCUAGAGGAUUCAAUAUCGAGCACACUGACGGACAGCAUGGUUUCAGUUGUUCUAGCAUCAAAGUCCACGCAGCUGGAUCAGAAUAUCAAUAUACGACUCAUCGGCGGAAACGAUUCUACAGCUGAGCACCUGGACCUGGACUACCCGCCGGUUUUGCUACCUGCCGAAAGUCAAAAGAGAGUACGGAGUGAAAUGAUGUCUCUUCUUGGAUUCCUUGGAUCUUCCUCGCAACAAUCAAGGCUUGCAAGCAGCAUGCUGGAGCAAGUGCAAGAGUCGAGCCCCCUUGGCCAAGUCGCUUCGUUCUGGCUUUGCUUCCAGCUCUGCAAGGGAAGCCAUGCUUCAUCUGCAGAAGAUGAGAUGUUCUUGGAUUUGUCCUCCCUCGCUGAAUCACCGGAGGAGCUUGAUGUCGUCUUCAACGAGCUUUACUCGACCUCAGUGCAAAUUCUGGACCGCCACUCGGAUGCGGAACCCGCUGAUUGGCGCUUGGAAGCUCUCGCUCUUGAAGUCACGGCUUACACAGCCCAAAAGGCUGGGAAGUCAUUUCGCCCUGAGCUCAUCGAUGUACUAUUCCCCAUCGCAACGUUUCUGGGCUCCAAAAACCAGCACCUACAAAAACAUUCCAUGAUUACACUGAAUAGUCUUGCUACAUCUUGCGGAUAUGCAAACGUUUCUGAGCUGAUCAUCGACAACGUCGACUACAUGGUUAACUCGGUCUCACUUAGGCUGAAUACACUUGAUAUCUCACCAGCAUCCAUCAAUGUCUUGACAAUGAUGAUAAGACUUGCGGGACCCCGAUUGGUACCGUAUCUUGAUGAUGUGAUUGAAUCAGUCUUUGGGGCACUUGAAAACUACCACGGGUAUCCCGUAUUUGUGGAGAGUCUCUUUACGGUACUGAAGGAGGUGGUUGACCAAGGCGUCAAGUCGGAUAUGCUCCUCCUAGAGCACCAGAAGAAGGCAAAGAUAGACCACCGGAAAGAACCUACAAAGGUGAAUGGAAUCUCGAGUCUUCUGGAAACCCUUGCAAAGAGAAAGGAACAGGCGGAGCGUGACAAGGGUGAAAAGGAAACUGGGCACCCAACAACACCUUGGAAGUCUGAGGAGGGAGAGGGCCCGGGGGAAAGCACCCCGGAUGCGCCGGAAGAAGAGAAACCCCCAAACUCGCCGACUUACCAGCUGCUGUUGCGCGUGGCAAACCUGACCCAGCACUACCUCACGUCUCCCACGCCAACUUUGCGGAGAGCGUUGCUAGAACUGCUCACCACCGCAUCCGCGGCCCUGGCUCCCGACGAAGAGGCAUUCUUGCCACUCGUCAAUGCUAUCUGGCCGGUUGUUGUGGACAGACUUCAUGAUGUCGAGGCAUUCAUCGCGAUCGAGGCAUGCUAUGCACUCUCGGGACUUUGCGCUGCCGCAGGAGAUUUCCUUGCCUCUCGGUUCAAGACAGAAUGGCGUGACUGGCUCAGGGAUUGGUGUCGUAAGGCAAAGCGCCAAGCUUCCAGCGCUUCGGGCCGCCCCAGACCCCACGGGGAUCAUGGCAAAAUUACGGGCCCGGCAUCUGACAGUACGCAAAUAUUGAUUCCAUUCCGUGGCUCUGAUGGCCUCCGUGGCGGCAAUGCGUUACGAAAGGGAGUCGGUUCAUAUUCUGGUGGCUUGGGGCAGUUUGGUGCUCCGGCCAAAAUCUGGGAAGCGACGGUAGGGCUCUUGACGGCCAUGGUGUUGCAUGUUCACGUGGACGAGGAGAUGUUCGACGACGUUCUAGAUCUACUCUCAGAGGCUCUUGAACGUAAUAAGCAGGUGCGAGAGGCACUGGAGACUGUCAACGGAGACGCUGUAUGGCUGGCGCGGUAUGAGCGAGGAAAUGUCGAAUGGCUACCAGCUCCUCAGGUGGACGGCGUUGAGUAUGCUGAGAUGGAGAAACAAUAG